AUUUUUCCAGGAAGUAGAUAGGAAUGAGCCAACUAAUUAGAGCCUUAAAUAUUUCCCUGGCAAAGACACAGCAUUUAUUUUGUUUCUUCAUCGAUCGUAAACUAUGGCGCUUGUGAGAGCAGCUCGAGGAACAUCCUCCGAUUCCAACACUCAUUGGGGUUACCGUUACGAUGUUUUCUUGAGUUUCAGAGGCGAAGACACUCGCAGGACUUUUACCGACCACCUCUACACAGCCUUGAACAACAAAGGAUUUCUCACCUUCCGAGAUGACGACGAACUUGAGAGAGGAGAAGAUAUCAAGCCAGGACUACAGAAAGCAAUCCGGCAAUCAAAAACGUCUGUUGUCGUGUUUUCGAAAGAUUACGCGUCAUCCGGAUGGUGCCUUGAUGAGCUUGUCAUGAUCCUUGAACGCAAGAGGACUACCUCGGACCAUGUAGUAUUACCAGUCUUCUACGAUGUCGAUCCAUCCCAUGCGAGGAAGCAGACGGGAAGCAUCGGAAAAGCAUUUGCAAGUCACGAGAAAACUCAGUCGCCGAAUAAGGUGCGGGGAUGGAGGGAGGCACUUGCAGAGCUUGCUGAUCUAGCAGGGAUGGUCUUAUCAAAUCAAGCUGAUGGGUACGAGUCAAAGUUUAUCACAAAAAUUGUCAAGGUGAUUGGUGACAAGCUAAUUCGCAUGCCCUUGGGUGUUGAAUCCAACUUGAUUGGAAUCCAAUCUCGAGUCAAACACAUCAAUUUAUGGUUACAAGAUGGAUCAACUGAUGUUGGUAUAGUUGCUGUGCAUGGGAUGUCUGGAAUAGGGAAGACAACAAUUGCUAAAUAUGUUUACAAUUCAAAUUUUACAAGUUUUGAAGGGAGCAGCUUUGUUGAAAAUAUCAGAGAAACGGCAAGUCAACCGAACGGGUUAGUUCAAAUGCAAAUGCAACUUCUUUAUGAUAUUUUGAAGGGGAAGAAGGAGAAAGUGCACAACGUCAGUGAAGGAAUAAGUAAGAUUGUAAGAGCCAUAAGCUCUAGAAGGGUUCUUCUUGUUCUUGACGAUGUAGACCAUAAGGACCAAUUAGAUGCAGUACUACGGAUGAAAGAUCGGUUUUAUCCCGGAAGUAAAAUAAUCAUAACAACAAGGCAUGAAAGGUUGCUAAAGGCGCACCAAGUUACUAAGGUCCACGAAGUUGAAACUUUGGAUUACGAUGAAUCGUUGGAGCUCUUAAGCUGGCAUGCGUUUGGCCAGGACCAUCCGCCUGAAGGUUACAUGGAAUAUUCAAAAAAGCUAGUGCAACAUACUGGAGGACUUCCAUUAGCUCUUCAAGUUUUGGGUUCUUCUCUGUUAGGUGAAAGUGUGGGUGUGUGGGAAAGUGCAUUGGAGAAGCUAAAAGUUAUUCCUAACGGCGAAAUCAUGAAUAAACUAAGAAUAAGCUAUGACAGUUUACAAGAUGACCAUGACCGGAAAUUAUUCCUCCACAUUGCUUGUUUCCUAAUAGGAAGGGACAAAAACUACGUUGUUAGAAUACUAGAUGGAUGUGAUUUCUAUACAACUGUUGGCAUUCAAAAUCUCAUUGAUAGAUGCUUGGUGAAAAUUGAUACAGACAACAAGGUGAACAUGCACGAUCUGAUUCGUGAUAUGGGAAGAGAAAUAGUUCGCCUAGAAUCAGAAGAGCCUGAGAAACGUAGUAGACUAUGGCGUCGUAAGGAUUCCUUCCAAGUACUGAGGGAAAAGACUGGUACAGAAACAAUCCAAGGUAUUGUCCUGGACAUGCAUUCGCAUCCUGCAAACGGUCCAAUAAACACAAAUGAGACAGUCUUUGAAACCAAUGCAUUUGAAAGGAUGCACAAAUUACAACUACUCCAUCUUAGACGUGUACGGCUAGAGGGAUAUUACGCAAAUUUCCCUACAGGAUUAAGAUGGUUGUGUUGGCCUGAAUUUCCUUUGGAUUCUAUACCCAUUGAUUUUCCUUUGGAGUGCCUAAUUGUUCUUGAAAUGCAAUUUAGUAACUUGACACAAGUCUACAAAGGAACAAAAUUUCUUCCUUCAUUGAAGAUCCUUGAUGUGAGCCAUUCUCAUGGCCUUAGACAAACCGUGGACUUCUCAUACUGCCCCAAUCUAGAGGAAUUGAUUCUUGUAGAUUGCGAAAGCCUGCUUGAUGUUCAUGAAUCCAUUGGAAACCUAGAGAGACUUGUGUACUUGAAUAUGGAGGAUUGCAAGAAUCUUAGGAUGCUUCCUAACAUGUGCAUGCUAAAAUCACUAGAAACACUCAAUUUAUCUGGUUGCUCAAAUCUUGAUGAGAUGAUGAAGAAGAUGGAAUCUGUGAAAGCUCUCGAAACAGAUGGUAUUCUAAGUGAAUUACGGCCUGGUACAAGUUCGAGUAUCUUGACUUAUUUGCCAUGUUCUUUAGUAAAGUUAAACCUUAGUAGGUGCAAUCUUUCUGAUGAUGCCUUUGCUAUGGAUUUAAGUAAUCUAUCCUCGUUGCAACAACUAUAUUUAGAGGAUAAUCCAAUUUCUAGCCUACCUGUUUUCAUCAAAGGUUUGAGGAGGCUCCGUUGUCUCUCUUUAUCGAGAUGUAAGAGGCUCGAAUCACUUGUGGGGUUGCCGAAAAUUGGACUCCUUUGUGUAAAUGGUUGCAUAUCAUUAAAAACUAUAACAUAUCAAGCCAAUGAGUUGAGAGCAUUGACCUAUGAGGGUGAGAACAACAAUGUAAUUGAGUGGGAGUACUAUCACAAGUUAGAACCUAUUGGCAGAGUUGAUGUGGAAAUGAUGAAACUUUUGAGCUUGCACAACUAGGAAAUGAGGAAAAGUUUCGGCUUGCAAAAUUUUAAACGUGUUGAUUGGAUUUGGAGUCCCGUUCAGGGACUGCAUCAACAUGGUAUAUACAGCACAUUUUUUGCUGGGAAUGAGGUUCCUGGCCGGUUCAGCUAUAAAAGUACCAAGUCCUCAAUUUCUUUUAUUGUGCCUUUUCUUACAAGUCACAAAAUUCGAGGCUUGAACAUCUUUGCUAUCCAUGAAAACCAUAACCAUGCAUACGUAAGUUUGGGACAUUCGGGUCGUGAUCCAGUAAUGAAUAUUGAAGUGAGUAACAAGAGCAAGGGUAUGAAAUGGAUCUAUGGCCCACGAUUAUACCGUGGUCGAGGAAAUAGAGGAGGAGAUUUGACAUGGUUGAGCCAUUGGAAAACGGACAAUCAGACAAUAAUAUUAGAAUGUGGAGAUGAAGUGGUUGUUUCCGUCAUGACGACGAGACCUGAUAAGUUUAUUCGGGUAAAGGAGUUCGGGGUUGAGCUUGUGCAAGAGCACCAAGACAAGAUGAGUACCCAACACAACACCACUCCAGAUCCUAAUGAUCCAUUUGUCAUCGGUGGAGAUUUGUCACCGCUGGAGCACAUAUCAGGAAGAUACUUCUUAUCCUGGUUCGAUGAAGCAGAAAUGAAAAAUGUUGAUUUCUGUAGGCCGAAAUGGUUGAAUACCCUCAUCAUGGAGUCAGACAAAGAAGAAGAGCAACAGAACGAUGUUGAUCACAAAAUUGCAGCAGCGAGGGAUAGAGGCAAUAACUGCCAUCUGGGAGGAUGGAGGGGGCUAGUCACUGCUGCCGUCUUCUUUCUCACGCUAACUCUGAUCGUUCGGCCCCCCAUCUCUCAGAAAAAGAAGCGACAGUAGUCAAAAAGCCCUCCAUGAGUUUUUAAUUUUUACUAGACCUUGUCUUCAAGAUGUUUUCUGCUUUCAAACACAAGACUUGGAGUUCAUAACUAAGCCGUGUUAACCGCUUGGGAUAUGAAAGACCAUUGCUAUUAGAUAUCAAGUUCAAAUGUCUUCAGCAUCAUCAAAUAUUGUGUACAUUAUGGCAUUAGCGUUACGAAAUUUUUCUUCCCUGCCA